AUUUAAAGAUAAAUAGUAUUAGGGCCAAUUCUUCGUCCAAGUGUAUUGAAAGAGAGGAAGUACAUAUUGAUACAGGAGAUCAUGUAUGUUGGUUUGAACGUGCAUGUGGAGAAUGCACUCAUAAGUUUUUUCAGGAACAACCUUCGAAUUGGACAAGUGGUAAUUCAGAAAUUGAUAAAAUAAUUCGAGAAUUUCAAGAAAGUGGAAGAGAUGUAGAUGAUAGUCUUGAGUGA